AUGGCGGCUCCCGCACUGCGCCGACCUGUGCGGCUGCUCGCCGGGCUGCGCGCCCUGCCCUGGCGCCGGCCGGUGCACGACUGGACGCCGCCGCGGGACGUGCUGCUUUUCGAGCAUGAGCGGAGCCGCUUCUUCGCCAUCCUGGGGAUGUUCUGCGCCGGCCAGAGCCUCUUCUGGGCCUCCCUGGCGUGGGCAGCCUUGAGCGGCCCCGCGGCCCCGGCGCGACCCCACAAGCCUGCCGAGUUUGCAGACCGCGACCGCCGGGACUUGCGUUCCGCGCUCUGGCGCUACGGCCUGGCGGUCGGCUGCGGAGCCAUAGGUACCCUGGUGCUCGGCGCAGGGCUUCUCUUCUCCGUGCGCUCAGUGCGCUCCGUGCUGCUGCUGGCUGGUGGGAAGGAGGUGACUCUCACCACGCACGCCCCCUUUGGCUUGGGGGCCCAUUUCACUGUCCCCUUGAACCAGGUGUCCUGCAUGGCACACCGCGGUGAAGUCCCAGCCAUGCUGCCUCUGAAAGUCAAAGGCCGACGCUUCUACUUUCUCUUGGACAAAGCCGGACAUUUCCCAAAUGCAAAACUCUUUGAUAACACUGUGGGUGCUUACCGGAGCUUGUGAAGAAAGUCAGGCAACUUCCGGGAGGAAAGUAAACCUGAACUUGUGGGGAUGGCUGACAACCAGGGUAACCAAAAGUCAUUAACAGGAAAUAAAUGGGCCCUAAUCCCAAGGGCUCUGGCUGCCCA